UUAUGUCAACGUCGUACGUGGCUGCAGACCCAAAACAGUGUAAGAAGACUCCGCCAGGGAUGCAUCAGCAAAAUGCGGAGUCCACCGGUCAGCACGUCAAAUACAGCCCCCGAUGUUUGAAUCUCCAAGUUUUGCACAUGAAGUGUGAGGUGAAGCGCUGAAGGAUAAACUAAGCCUGCGUCUGAAUUAUUUAUUUGACCCGUUAGCAUCAGCACAUUUGCGCUGUGCUAUUUCCCGAAGCACUUGUUUGUCUGUAGGAAGACAGCAUGGCAGAUAUCGAGUCCUCGUUUGAGUUUAGCUCGUCUUUGACCAGCUCUUCGCUGCCUCCACCUCGGACUCGAAUCUUUAAGAUCAUCGUUAUAGGAGACUCUGGAGUUGGCAAGACUUGCCUCACCUAUAGAUUCUGUGCGGGCAAGUUUCCAGACAAGACUGAGGCCACUAUCGGGGUGGAUUUUCGGGAGAAGGUUAUUGAAAUAGACGGCGAGAAAAUCAAGGUCCAGUUGUGGGACACCGCAGGCCAGGAGCGCUUCCGAAAGAGUAUGGUGCAGCACUACUACCGCAACGUCCACGCUGUGGUGUUUGUCUACGACGUCACCAAUGCUGCUAGUUUCCGAAGUCUACCGGCAUGGAUCGAGGAAUGCCGUCAGCAUGCCUUGGGCCAAGAGGUGCCUAGAAUCUUGGUCGGCAACAAAUGUGACCUGCGUCACGCCGCUCAAGUAAGUACCGACGUAGCGCAGCAGUUUGCCGAUGCACACUCAAUGCCUCUAUUUGAGACCUCUGCCAAGAACCCCUAUGGAAACGAUGACGGCGGUCGGAAUAAUAGUGACCACGUGGAGGCCAUUUUUAUGACGGUUGCCCACAAGCUGAAAUCUCAGAAGCCGCUGGUGUUAAGCCAACCGCCGUUUGGAUCUGGAGAUACGGUCACUCUCAGGAGGCAGGACGAGGAGGACAGGGGAAGUUGGGGCUGCGGAUGUUGGAGGAGCUAAUGAAGGAGCCGCCACUUUACAGGAUGGAGAUGACAGAGGUGAAGCACCUUUU